AUGCAGGGACCCCAGGAGAGGAGGCAAGCGUCAGCAAGCAGCAACAGCGCGGACGGCCGAGAAGCAAGAAUGGACGGCGACCAGGCGCCGCAUUCCAACUCCAACCAGCACCCGCCCCCGCCGCCGUCGCCGUCGCCGCUGCCGGAGCGGGAGGCCAGCUUCAACUACGACAUAGAGAGCAUGGACGGCGGCGGGUGGCGCGGCGCGGGGAGGUACGCCUCGUCCGACGCGCUGCUGCGGUACGACGACGACGGCCCGCGGGAGCCGCUGCUGCGGAAGCGCACCAUGAACACCACCUCCCAGAUCGCCAUCGUCGGCGCCAACGUCUUCGCCAUCGAGAGCCUCGACUACGAAAUUGUGGAGAAUGAUCUUUUCAAGCAAGACUGGCGAUCGAGAAAGAAGAAUCAGAUAUUUCAGUAUGUUGUCCUGAAAUGGGCAUUAGUUCUUCUUAUUGGCUUGUUGACUGGGCUUGUUGGCUUCUUCAACAACCUUGCAGUCGAGAAUAUUGCUGGAUUCAAAUUGGUGCUCACAGGUGAUCUUAUGCUCCAGAAGAGGUACUUCACAGCAUUUUUGGCAUAUGGAGGCUGCAAUCUAGUCUUAGGAGCCACUGCUGCAGCACUAUGCGCUUACAUAGCACCAGCUGCUGCUGGGUCUGGCAUCCCUGAAGUUAAAGCAUAUCUUAAUGGAGUUGAUGCUUACUCUAUUUUAGCUCCCAGCACACUCUUUGUGAAGAUAUUUGGUUCAAUACUUGGAGUUUCAGGUGGAUUUGUACUUGGGAAAGAAGGUCCCAUGGUGCAUACAGGGGCAUGCAUUGCCAACUUGCUUGGUCAGGGGGGAUCACGCAAGUACCAUCUCACAUGGAAUUGGCUGAAAUAUUUCAAGAAUGAUAGGGAUAGACGAGAUUUGAUUACAUGUGGUGCAGCAGCUGGAGUGGCAGCCGCAUUUCGUGCACCUGUUGGUGGUGUACUCUUUGCUCUCGAGGAAGCAGCAUCAUGGUGGCGAAGUGCUCUUCUGUGGAGAACAUUCUUUACAACUGCUGUUGUUGCUGUAGUGUUGAGGGCCCUGAUUGAGUUCUGUCGUAAAGGAAAAUGUGGUCUCUUUGGGCAAGGAGGGUUGAUUAUGUUUGAUCUUAGCUCGAACGUCCCAUCAUAUGGCACCCAAGAUCUCAUCGCGAUUAUAAUUCUUGGAGUAAUUGGUGGCGUCUUCGGAGGCCUUUUCAACUUUCUCUUGGAUAGGAUUCUUCGUGUCUACAGUAUUAUCAAUGAGAGAGGCGCUCCAUCCAAGAUCCUUCUCACCAUCACAAUAUCGAUCAUCACUUCGGCGUGCUCCUAUGGGCUCCCUUGGCUUGCUGCGUGCUCUCCGUGCCCUGUUGGUUCAAUGGAGGAAUGCCCCACCAUUGGCCGCUCUGGAAAUUUUAAGAGCUUCCAAUGCCCGCCUGGUCAUUACAAUGGUCUUGCAUCACUCUUCUUCAACACAAAUGAUGAUGCCAUCCGCAAUCUCUUCAGCCGUGGUACCGAAAAUGAGUUCCACAUGUCUAGCCUUUUCGUCUUCUUCAUCGCUAUCUACUGCCUUGGUCUCGUGACGUAUGGUAUUGCUGUCCCAUCCGGUCUCUUUAUCCCGGUAAUACUUGCCGGGGCAACAUAUGGGCGCAUCGUGGGGACACUUCUCGGUCCCAUGUCUGAUAUCGACCCUGGCCUCUUUGCACUGCUCGGUGCCGCAUCUUUCCUCGGUGGGACAAUGAGAAUGACCGUGUCAGUCUGCGUGAUCCUUCUGGAGCUCACGAAUGAGCUCCAUAUGCUCCCCUUGGUCAUGCUCGUCCUCCUGAUAUCGAAGACCAUAGCCGAUUGCUUCAACAAAGGUGUGUAUGACCAGAUCGUGGUGAUGAAAGGCUUGCCAUUCAUGGAGGCUCAUGCUGAACCGUACAUGAGGCACUUGGUAGCUAGUGAUGUUGUGUCUGGGCCACUCAUCUCCUUUUCGGGUGUUGAGAAGGUGGGCAACAUCGUUCAUGCGUUAAGGAUCACCGGCCACAACGGGUUUCCGGUGGUCGAUGAGCCGCCUGUAUCAGAAGCUCCGGAGCUGGUUGGGCUGGUGCUUAGGUCACAUGUGUUGGUUCUUCUGAGUGGAAGGAACUUCAUGAAGGAGAAGGUGAAAACAAGUGGUAGCUUUGUGCUCAGAAGGUUUGGUGCAUUUGACUUUGCAAAGCCUGGUUCCGGGAAAGGUAUGAAAAUCGAGGACCUAGAUUUCACCGAGGAAGAGAUGGAGAUGUAUGUGGAUCUCCAUCCAAUCACAAACACUUCGCCGUACACGGUGGUCGAAACAAUGUCGCUUGCAAAGGCUGCAGUCCUGUUCAGGGCACUAGGGCUAAGACACCUGCUGGUUGUGCCAAAGACCCCAGGGAGAUUUCCUAUUGUUGGGAUUCUCACCAGGCACGACCUGAUGCCGGAGCAUAUCCAUGGGCUGUUCCCCAAUCUCCGCAAGUCACAUUGA